UGCAGACACCAGACCCCUUUGCCCUUCAUGGGAAAUCUCUGCUACAGCCUCGUCCACCACUCAGACGAAACCACACACUGAGGAUAAUGUUACCCUGUUCAAAUUUUGCUGUGGUCCUCUGUUUCCUUCAAGUCCUCUACAUCACUGCUGAUAUAGACACAAGUAGCUUCCUCAUCUUCAAUGAAGAUCACAACAAGUGCAUAAAGGUGGAGACUGCCAGCUCUAUAACACUGGCUCCUUGUAAACCUCGUGCCAAAGAGCAGCAGUUCCGGUGGGCCUCUGAAUCACGUCUCCUCAGUUUGUCCCUCAAGUUGUGUCUGGGUGCUACAGCGAUAAAAGACUGGGUAAAGGUGCAGCUGUUUGAAUGUGAUGAGAACAGUGACCUCCAGCACUGGGAGUGUAAGAAUGAUACCAUCUUUGGCCUAAGAGACCAGGACCUGCACUUAAACUGGGGCAACCGCAAUGAGAGAAACGUAAUGAUCUACAAAGGUUCAGGGGUCUGGAGUCGCUGGAAGAUAUAUGGCACCCGGGGGGACCUUUGUUCAAAAGGAUAUCAAGAAAUUUUCACAAUAGGGGGCAAUGCUUUUGGAAGCCCCUGUCAGUUCCCAUUUAAGUUCCAAGAGAAGUGGUACCCUGAAUGCACAAAGGACGGCCGAUCCGACAAUCAGCUGUGGUGUGCCACAGAGAGAGAUUAUGAUGAAGUGCAGAAAUGGGGAUUUUGUCCAACCAGAGCAUCCUCUAGUUGGGAGACUGACCCAGUCACUGGGGUUCAGUAUCAGUUAAAUGCACAGUCAGCACUGACCUGGUAUCAGGCCAGGAAGAGCUGCCAGCAGCAGGGAGCCGACCUCCUCAGCAUCGUAGAGUUACAUGAGCAGUCAUACAUUUCAGGGUUAACAAAUCAUUUGGGAUCAUCUCUGUGGAUCGGGCUGAACAGCUUGGAUUUUGACAGUGGAUGGCAGUGGAGCAAUGGAAACCCAUUCAGAUAUCUAAACUGGGCCCCAGGUCAUCCCUCAUCUGAAACCGGGCUCAACUGUGCAACCCUAAAUGCUGCAAAGGCCUCAAAAUGGGAGAGCAGCACAUGCACCAAGAAACUUGGUUACAUUUGUCGUAAAGGAAACUCCACCAGUCUGCCCCCACCACUGAUCAAACAGCCUGGUUUCUGCCCCAGUCACUGGGUCCACUAUGCAGGAAACUGUUACUAUCUGGAGAGGAGUACAAAGAUGUGGAGGGAUGCCUUAGCUGCAUGCCGCAAAGAGGGAGGAGAUCUGGCCAGCAUAAACAACAUAGAGGAGCAAAGCUUCAUCAUAUCUCAGUCUGGAUACUUGCCGACAGAUGUGCUCUGGAUUGGUUUAAAUGAUCAAAGGAACCAGAUGCUCUUUGAAUGGUCCGAUCACUCACAUGUCACCUUCAUCCAGUGGCAGAGUGAUGAGCCCUCUCAUCUCACCAACCUCCAAGAGGACUGUGUUGUGAUUCAAGGAAAGGAUGGGAAGUGGGCAGAUCACAGAUGUGAGCAGGUAUAUGGGUAUAUCUGCAAGAAGAAGGCUUCGACUAAAACACUUUCAGGCGCUAUAGAGCAAGUAAACCCAGGAUGCAAGCUUGGCUCUUUUAGGUUUGCUUCAUACUGUUAUUGCAUCGGAGAAGAAACAAAAACUUUUGAAGAAGCAAAGCAGGUGUGCUCAGAGGCUGGUGCUAACCUGGUGGAUGUAGCUGACAGAUAUGAGAAUGCUUUUCUGGUCAGUUUGGUGGGCUUGAGACCAGAGAAGUACUUCUGGACAGGGUUUUCCAACACAGAAGACAGAAACACUUUCAAAUGGUCAACUGGAAGAAAAGUAACAUUCACUCAUUUCAAUGUAGGAAUGCCAGACAGAAAACAAGGAUGUAUUGCCAUGACAACUGGGAUUGUUGCUGGAUUAUGGGAUGUUAUCAGCUGCAGUAACAAGGAGAAGUAUAUUUGCAAGAAAAGUGCAGAGGGUCUGCAGACAACAACAGCUCCACCCACCACUCUGGCCCCAAGAUGUGCACCUGGGUGGACGCCACUUGCCACAGGGAACAAAUGUUACAAAGCUUACACAAAAAGUCAAGAGCAUAAGAAGACUUGGUUUGAAGCACGGGACUUCUGCAGGGCCAUUGGUGGAGAUCUCAUAAGCCUACACAAUAGGCAGGAAGUGAGACAAGUCUUUCGCAGUGGAAGAGUCUGGAUAGGCUUCAGCUUACAGGGUACCAAUGAAGGUUUUGUCUGGAGUGAUGGAUCGCCUUCUGACUUUGAGUACUGGGGCUAUGGGGAACCAAACAACCACAAUGACAACGAGCACUGUACAGAGAUGGAAACUCAUUUUGGUUGGAGAUGGAAUGAUCGACACUGUGAGGCCUACAAUAACUGGAUCUGUCAAAUACUCAAAGGUGUGACUCCCAAACCUGAGCCUGCCAUAGUUGCACAAGAAUACAACACCACAGAAGAUGGAUGGCUUAUAUACAAUGACACCCAGUAUUACAUUAACAUGAACAAACAGAGUAUGGAAGCUGCCAGAGACUACUGUAAAAAAAGCUUUGGUGAACUUGCAGUCAUCACAGGAGACAGCGAACGGAAAUUCCUUUGGAAACAGAUUUCUAAAGAAAAAGAAGGACAGUACUACAUUGGCAUGACAGUGAAUUUGGAUAAAUCAUUUAGCUGGGUGGAUGGCACCCCUGUAACCUACACUGCAUGGGAACACAAUGAGCCCAAUUUUGCCAACAAUGAUGAAAACUGUGUCACUAUGUACCAGAGCAUGGGGUACUGGAAUGAUAUUAACUGUGGUCUUAAGCUUCCAUCUAUUUGUAAGAGAAACAGCAGUUUUAUCAAUACAACAAUGACACCAACCACAGUUCCCAAAGGAGGAUGUGCUCCAGAGUGGCUAGCUUUCCAAGGAAAGUGCUACAAAUUUGUUGUGGGGGAUGACAAAAACUGGCACGAUGCCAGGACAUACUGCAUAAACCAGGGAGGAAAUCUGCUUUCUGUAAUCAAUGAGAAAGAGCAAGCAUUCCUAACAACACAGAUGCUGAACUACAAGAAAGAUUUUUGGAUUGGCAUGAAUGAUGUCAACUGGGACAUGCACUUUGUGUGGACAGAUGGCAAAAGCAUUUCAUACACCAACUGGGGCUUAGGGGAGCCAGCAUCAGCAUCUCCAAUGGGAUAUUUUCAUGAGUCCUAUGACUGUGUGAUCAUGGUGGGCAGCAUUACCAGAAAAACAGGAUACUGGAAAGUGGGUGACUGCGUGUCAAACCACAGCUUCAUCUGUAAAAGAAACACUGAUUCACAGAUUGCAGUCAAACCCACCACUGUGUUACCAAAGGCCUUCUACAAGCUCGGCAAUGAUUCCUACAAAGUGGUGGCCCAGAAGAUGCGUUGGGAUGAAGCUAGAAGGCAGUGCCAAGCAGAUGAUGCAGAUCUGGCUAGCAUCCUGAAUCCUGUAACCCACGCAUACGUCACCUUGCAGAUGUUCAAGCUCAGUGAGCCUGUGUGGAUUGGGCUCAACAGCAAUGUGACUGGUUUUCGCUUCAAGUGGGUUGAUAACUGGCCUCUGUCUUUCACCAAAUGGGGCAAAUUUGAACCUAAAAAUAACUACGGCUGUGUGUAUAUAGAUGUGGACAAAACAUGGAAGACUGCACCAUGUACCAAUACCUAUUAUUCCCUUUGCAAAAGGUCACCAGUUGUACCUCCCACUGAAUCCCCACAGCUUCCUGGUGACUGUCCCGAAUCAACAAAGAGAAGAACAUGGAUACCUUUCAGAGGCCAUUGUUAUUCCUUCAUCAGUUCAAUAACCUAUAAUUGGCCCCAUGCCUCAGUUGAAUGUGUAAAAAUGGAUGCUUCUCUAGUGAGUAUUGAGGAUCCUACUGAGAAUAAAUUCAUAGAAAAGAACUUGGAGAUUCUCCAGGACAGUGCCAAAACCUUUUGGAUUGGCAUGUACAAGACCAAUGAAGAUAAGUGGAUGUGGAUUGAUAAGAGCCCUGUGGACUAUACCAACUGGGAAGUAGGAACACAAAAGACAGCGUCAUACGUGUACAUCACUUCUUCCAGUGGUCAGUGGAAUGGAUUCACUGGCAACAUAGCUAUGCCUUUCAUCUGCAAAAGACCAAAAGAUAUUAAAGCUACAGAAAAGCCUCCAUCUGUUGCCCAUGUCAUUAACAACACCAAACAUGGAUCUGCUGGCAUAACUGUGUUUAUAGUCCUCAUUGUAAUCGCCAUAGUUGGACUUGGUGCCUUCCUCCUCUUCCGUAAAUAUAUACCCCGGAUACCCAGGAUCCCUAACCCUGCCCAUGAAGAAUCCACAUUUGACAACAAGUUAUAUGUUGACAAUCCAUUCAAAGUGAAAGUAGAUACCAAAGGGUUGGUCGCCAACAUAGAGGAGAAUGAGGAAGCAUAGAAAAGCAUGAAAGUAGGGGCAGUAAGCAAUAUGAAAAUUAGAUUUGUCUUGAUUUCAUGCUUAUAUUUUUGAUAACUUUACUGAGAACUGAAAUUGUUUUUUUUAUUGCUUUUUAUUGUUUUUGUUUGUCUUACAGUGAAUCAAAAACACUGAUUAUCAUAAUUAUUAACUCUUUCAAUCAUUGUCACUGCAUUCAGUGAUGUGGAGAGAAGAAGGCAUAAACAAUCAAAACGGAUUUUAUUGUGAUAUUACUGUCAUGUGAUUAUUUUAUUUUUAAUCAAUCCAUAUGACCACAAAUGUUAGGAAUCAAUAGACAUGAAUGUGAUUUUCACUGGAAUUUGACAAAUCUAACUUAUCUGGAAUGCUGCUUUUUAUUCUCCAGCAGCUGUUCAUCUUCAUAUU